GUUGCAGCUAGCUGCCUUUGAGUUCUUGGGUGGCUUGCUUGCCGUAGUAGUGUUCUACGUGACGCAUCCGACAGAGGUGGACAAGGAGGAGGCAUGGUACUCCUGCUAUGCUGCCGAGUUCCUCGGCACCUUUGUGCUGGUCUUCACGGUGGUGUGCAACGUGCUGGCUGGCGAUGCAAACUGGUCGCCGACUUCCAUUGCUUGCUCUUUGAUGGUGAUGAUCUACGCCACGGGCGGAGUUUCCGGAGGGCACUUGAAUCCGGCAGUGACCUUUGGCAUCGCCUUGGCCACGGGUGACUGGUCUAUGAAAUUCUUAGGCUACUGGGCAUCGCAAAUUGUGGGCGGUUUGGCCGCAGGAUUUGCUGCCUGUAGUCUUUACUCCGAUGUCGCCAAUGUAGACGUGAAAGAGCCUUACCACACAUCGCACGCACUGACGGUUGAGCUCAUCUACACAGCCAUGCUGGUCUUCACCGUGCUUAGCGUAGCCGUGUCCAAGCGCAAUAAUCCCGCCACGGACGGCAACAACUUCUACGCGCUCGCUAUCGCCUGGGUCAUCAUCGCCGGAGGCUACGCAGUAGGAGGAAUCUCUGGAGCUGCUUUCAACCCGGCUGUGGCCAUUGGCCUGGAUGUAUCAAGCUACAGCAAGGGCGUCGGCAUGGGCUUCCUUUGGGGAUUGUUCGAGCUCCUCGGGGCUGCAGUCGCAGUCGCACUCUACCGCAUGCUUCGGCAGGAGGAGUAUUCCUCUGAACCUGUGGCAGAUGAUUACCAGCCUCCUCUGCCUGUAAAGCUGCUCAGCGAGUUCCUUGGAGCUUUCAUGCUCGUGCUGACCGUUGGGUUGAACCUUGUCAACGACUCACCCGCAACGGCAUGGUCGGCAGCAGCUGCGUUGAUGUGCAUGAUCUACUGCCUGGGAAAUAUUUCGGGCGCCCACCUGAACCCAGCUGUUACCAUGGCAAUUGUGGCCAGCGGCCGAAAGCUUUGCUCCACUUUCGAAGGUACCGCCUACGCCGCAGCUCAACUUCUCGCCGGUGCAGCUGCUGGCCUUGUUUAUGCAAUGUUUCAUGCUGCUGGUCCCAAGAAGGGCGAUUACAUUGGCCUCGGACCCGGACCCAACUCUGCGUACACCAUGUCCCAGGCCGGACUGGUCGAAAUGUCGGCCACACUCCUGUUGGCCUACAUUGUGCUCAGCUGUGCCACAGUGGCCCCCGCCGGGGGCAACACAAAGACCAAAAACAGUCCCUUUGCUGUUUAG